AUGCAGACUGCUUCUGCAAACAUUAGUGAAAGACUGUGCAAUAAGUCCAUCCAUGAAAUUUCCUUGCUACUAAAUAUUCCAUGGUCAACAUUUAAUGGUAUUAUAACAAAGUGAAUGCAACUGGGAACAACAGCAACUCAGCCACGAAGUGGUAGGCCGCAUAAAAUGAGAGAGCAGGCUCAGCACAUGCUGAAGCGCACAGUGUGCAUAAGUCGCCAACCUUCUGCAAAGUCAAUAACUAAAGACCUCCAAACUUCAUGUGGCCUUCAUAUUAGCACAACCGUAGUGCAUAGAGAGCUUCAUGAAAUGGGUUUCCAUGGUCGAGCAUCUGCAUCCAAGCCUUACAUCACCAGGUACAGUGGUGUAAAGCAUGCCACCACUGGACUCUAGAGUAGUGGAGACAUGUUCUCUGG